AUAGCGACAUGACGAACGUUCCAGAAAGAAGGUUAUCUCUCGCUUACUAUUGGAUGAAGUUUCGAAAGAGAAAAGACAGAUGGCAGUACGUUUUUUUGUGAUAGCUACCAUACGGUAGAGCCAAUCAGCGAAGGGAAAGGGAGUAUAUAUAGUAGAGACGUGACAGAAUGCUUCAUUCAGUGUUCUCCGAAUUUCUUGAAUUAGUUCACAAUGACCGGUCGUGGUAAAGGAGGUAAAGGUCUCGGUAAAGGCGGUGCUAAGCGGCAUCGUAAAGUCCUGCGUGACAACAUCCAGGGUAUCACAAAGCCUGCCAUCCGUCGUCUUGCUCGCCGUGGAGGUGUGAAGCGUAUUUCAGGUCUCAUCUACGAGGAAACUCGUGGCGUUCUUAAAGUAUUUCUGGAGAACGUCAUUCGCGAUGCUGUUACCUACACCGAACACGCUAAGAGAAAGACCGUCACAGCCAUGGAUGUUGUGUAUGCUUUGAAACGCCAAGGCCGUACUCUCUACGGUUUCGGUGGUUAAUAUUCUUAACCGAUUCAGACUCCAAAUGUUUUGCACAAUCGGCCCUUUUCAGGGCCACCAAAGUUUUAAGAAACGAAUUGCUCUAACAACUUGUUAUAUAUCUUGGCCAUAAUUCACAUUCUGCAAAUUGUAACAGAAUUUCAUAUUGAAAUAAAAGUAAAAAUUUGA